CGUGAUUUAGCCGUGCGGUGACGUCACCAUCCACCCCGGAAGUGUCGGCCGGUGAUGGCGGCCUCGUCAGCUUGUGUUUGAGAAGACAGCACAAAGUUCUGUGAGCGACACCCACACUCACACACCCUCGCACCCUCCACUUCACUCUGCCGGAGACGCUGCGGACUCACACCGGCACACCUCCCCCCUGCCGGCGCCCGGUGCCCCCCGGUGGUCUUUGUGAGACCCCCCGCAGUAAGUUAGCUUAGCAGGCUAACAGGAUGUCGCUCUUCCAGUCUGCGCUCGAUUUCCUCGCCGGGCCCGGCUCGCUGGGAGCGGCCAGCCGGGACCAGAACGACUUUGUGGGGCAGCUGGUGGAGCUGGGAGACAUGAAGCUAAGGAUCAAGCGGGUGAUCGCGGAAGGCGGCUUUGCGUUUGUGUACGAAGCCCAGGACACAGGAAGUGGCAAAGACUACGCUCUGAAGCGACUCUUGUCCAACGAAGAUGAGAAGAGCAAGGAAAUCAUCCAAGAAGUUUGCUUUAUGAAAAAGCUAUCGGGACACCCCAACGUGGUCCAGUUCUGCUCGGCUGCCUCCAUCAGCAAGGAGGAGUCCGACACCGGACAGGCCGAGUUCCUGAUCCUCACUGAGCUGUGCAAAGGUCAGCUGGUGGACUUCCUGCGGCGAGUGGAGCAGCGGGCGCACGUGUCAUGUGACACCGUGCUGAAAGUCUUCUACCAGGCGUGCCGCGCCGUGCAGCACUUGCACAAGCAGAAGCCCGCCAUCAUACACCGAGACCUCAAGAUUGAGAACCUGUUGAUUAGCAACCAAGGCACCGUCAAGCUGUGCGACUUUGGCAGCGCCACCACGGUCUCGCAUUACCCCGACUACAGCUGGUCGGCACAGAGGCGCUCCAUGGUGGAGGACGAGAUCACGCGGAACACCACUCCUGCGUACCGGACUCCGGAAAUGAUUGACCUGUAUUCCAACUACCCCAUCAACGAGAAACAAGACAUCUGGGCCCUGGGCUGCAUCCUCUACCUGCUGUGUUUCAAGCAGCACCCUUUUGAGGAGGGCGCCAAGCUGCAAAUUGUCAACGGGAAGUACUCCAUCCCGCAGAACCACGCCAAGUACGCCGUGUAUCACGACCUCAUACGCUCCAUGCUGAAAGUGCACCCGGAGGAGCGUCUCUCAAUUACGGAGUUAGUCAACCAGCUCCAGGAAAUAGCAGCAGCACGCAACGUCAACCCCAAGUCCCCCAUCACGGAGCUGCUGGAGCAAAACGGAGGAUUCGGCAACAACGGAUCCCCGGCGCCUCCGCAGAUCCACACCGUCCACGGCAAUCCAGGCAUCUACGAUCCAGAUCAGUCCGGCAGCGGCUUCCUGGACAUCCUCAAGGGAGGAACGGAACGCUUCCUGACCAACAUCAAGGACACCUCGUCCAAAGUUAUCCAGUCAGUCGCCAGCUACGCCAAAGGUGACCUGGACAUUUCCUACAUCACCUCCAGAAUAGCAGUCAUGUCGUUCCCGGCCGAGGGGGUGGAGUCUGCCAUAAAGAACAACAUCGAAGACGUGCGACUCUUCCUGGAUUCACGCCACGCUGGCCACUACGCCGUCUACAACCUCUCCAAGCGCUCCUACAGGUCGUCUCGCUUCCACAACAGGGUGUCCGAGUGCAACUGGCAGGUGCGCCGCUGCCCCAACCUGCGCAGUCUUUACAGCGUGUGCAAGAACAUGCAUCAGUGGCUCAAGCAGGACCAGAGGAACAUCUGCGUGGUCCACUGCCUGGACGGCAGAGCGGCGUCGGCGGUGGCCGUGUGCUCCUUCCUGUGCUUCUGUCGCCUCUUCACCACGGCCGAGGCGGCCGUCUACAUGUUCUCCAUGAAGCGAUGCCCGCCCGGCAUCGCCCCCUCGCACAAGAGGUAUAUCGAGUACAUGUGUGACAUGAUGGCGGAGGAGCCCAUCAUCCCCCACUGCAAGCCCAUGGUCAUACGCUCCAUCGCCAUGACGCCCGUGCCCCUCUUCAACAAGCAGCGCAACGGCUGCCGGCCCUUCUGCGAGGUUUACGUCGGCGACGAGAGGGUCCUCACUACCUCACAGGAGUACGACAGGAUGAAGGAUUUCAAGAGCGAGGACGGAAGAGCCGAGAUUCCCUUGAACGUGAGCGUCCAAGGAGACGUGCUGGUGGUUAUCUACCACGCCAGGUCCACGCUGGGAGGACGUCUGCAGGCCAAGAUGGCCUCCAUGAAAAUGUUUCAAAUCCAGUUCCACACGGGCUUUGUCCCCAGAAAUGCCACCACUGUGAAGUUUGCCAAGUACGACCUGGACGCCUGUGACAUCCAGGAGAAGUAUCCAGACUUGUUCCAGGUCAACCUCGACAUCGAAGUGGAGCCCAGAGAGAGGCCCAGUGCCAAGACCCCGCCAUGGGACGGCUACCAGACCAAGGGCCUUAACCCCAAAAUCCUCUUCUCCUCUCGCGAUGAGCAGCAGGAGAUCCUCAGCAAGUUUGGUAAACCAGAACUGCCUCGUCAGCCGGGGUCCUCAGCCUUCUAUGACUCCAGUUUGCCACCGGAGCCUGCGCAGACCCCGGAAAACUCUACCGCAACCGAAGCAGAAUCUUCUGAGAGCCCGGACGCCGACAACUUCUUCCAGACUUUGGACUGGGAAGAUGUCGGCGCCCCCCAGGAGGCCUCCGAUAGUCAAGGAGGCGGAUCCAUGAACGACCAGGACGAUCUGAGCGAUCAGUCAGAAGGAGAGUCCUACUCCUACUCUGCUCCCAGUGGAGGGGGUCUGUCUCGGGACACCAGUGAACCCCUGUUUGACGCAGACUUCCAGACUCCUUCCCCGGGAGCCGAGGACUCGCCCGCCGACGACACGGCCGACCUCUUAGGUUUGAACUCUGACCCCGCGCCUCCUCAGGUGGGCCUGAAAGCCUCCUCCAGCCAAAGUGACCUCCUCAACGACCUGUUUGCGCCCCCUGCGGCAGUGCAGGAAGACUUGUUCUUUAGCGGAGAAGCCGGCGGCUCCAAACCCACGAGCGACCUGUUCGACCCCUUCGGCAUGGGCUCCAGCUCCGGGGUGGGCUCCAGCGUGGGCUCCUCUCGGCAGGCCUCCGGUGCCGACCUGUUUGGGGACUUGUUAAGCUCGGACGGUUCCGCCGGCAGCAGCUUCAGCGCAGCCCGGAGCAACCCCGCCCCCGUCUCCAACGCCAGCCUCUUUGACCUGGACAAGUUGGUGAAGGACGCUCCCAAGAUGACGACGUCCGCCAGCCACCCUGACCUCCUGCGGGGGUGGGACAGCUGGGCGGCGAGCACGAGCACGUCCACCAGCGUGAGCUCCACUGCCAGCAGGCCCGCCUACACCAGCACAGCUUCUAGUCUGGCGUCAAUGUCAAAGGCCAAAUCUCAGACCUUUGAUCCUUUUGCUGACUUGGGAAACCUCAGCUCCAAACGACCAAAUUCAACCAACAGUACCGUGUCCGGCACAAAAGUACCUUCGUCUUCUUCGUCCUCUGCCGCCAAGCCUCAAGCCCAGUCCUGGCAGGCCGGUAGAGCUGCUUCCAGUCAAAACAAACAAUGGCAGUCUGGGUCUGCGCCCAAGGAGGCGUCGGCCCCGCAGCCUUCCGGCGCGCAGUCUGCCAAGCCCAACUACAACCUCAACUUCUCCAGCGUCAUCGGAGGCCGGGAGGAGCGAGGCGUUCGAACUGCGGGAUUUGGCCCCAAGCCCAAAGUGAAGGAGGAGGACUUCGGGGACUUGCUGUCCACUCAGGGUUUCUCCUCCAAGUUUGACAGAAAAGGGCCGAGGACUAUCGCUGAGAUGAGGAGGGAGGAGCUCACAAGAGAAAUGGAUCCUCUCAAACUACAGAUCCUGGACUGGAUCGAGGGCAAGGAGAGGAACAUCCGCGCGCUGCUGUCCACGCUGCACACCGUGCUGUGGGAGGGCGAGACCCGCUGGAAGCCCGUGGGUAUGGCAGACCUGGUGACGCCCGAGCAGGUGAAGAAGUUCUACAGGAAGGCCGUGUUGGUGGUCCACCCUGAUAAGGCGACGGACCAGCCGUACGAGCAGUACGCUAAGAUGAUCUUCAUGGAACUGAACGACGCCUGGUCAGAGUUUGAGAACCAGGGAUCCAAAGCGCUCUUUUAAAAACCGGCUCGACCCGGACCGGACCGAGCUGGACCGGAUUUGGCCUUUUUGAAGACGACAAAAAAACACCCGAAACGGAUUCAAUCCUGGGUCAGAUUGGACUGGACUGAGCCCACAUUGGGCCUUCUUUGUUCUUCUUGUCGUCCCCUCGCCACCGGCCCCGCGGUGGUGGUGGUCCGCACUCGCCGUGGUGGUGGUGGUGGUGGUGGUGGUGGUCCGCUCUCGGCGUGGUGGUCCGCACACACACCCGGAGUGACAAUCACGUGACCAACACUUCACUUCAAACUGUCAACAACAACAGCAGAUUGUGUUCAUGCCUGCAAGUGUUGCUAAAUGGAGACUUUGUGGCUGUCUAAGUAUUAUUAUAUUACUUUAUUAUUAUUACAUUAUUACUUUAUUAUUAUUACAUUAUUACUGCUAACUGACACUUGCAGGUUCGCUCUUAAAAAGUGCUCUUUUUUUUUGUUUUUAGCCUGGAUGUUCAUGUUAGGCUCUUAUGGGAAAAAGGUGGAGGAUGGUCCUGCUCUCAUGCUGCAUUCAGGCAACUGGGACAUCGGAACACUUUCUCUCCUCCCCCACUCCAAGCAGUAUGUACCCACUAGUUCUACUAUUUAGAUUUAGGAUGCUACAUGAGCUCCACGCUACGCUGUGAUGCUAACUGUUUGCACGCCAACAACGAGGCUCUUAAUGAUGGAGGGAGAGCAUACAGUGAGCUACAUAACGUAGCAUGUCGCUAACUGUAUGCACGCCAAUAACGAGAGGUAGCACAUAGCCAGGAUCAUGCUAUGCUAGGUAGCUAACUGCUGCUCACCAAAAAACGAGGCUCUUAAUGAUGGAGGGAGAGCAUACAGUGAGCUACAUAACGUAGCAUGUCGCUAACUGUAUGCACGCCAAUAACGAAAGGUAGCACAUAGCCGGGAUCAUGCUAUGCUAGGUAGCUAACUGCUGCUCACCAACAGCGAGGCUCUUAAUGAUGGAGGGAGAGCAUACAGUGAGCUACAUAACGUAGCAUGUCGCUAACUGUAUGCACGCCAAUAACAAGAGGUAGCACAUAGCCAGGAUCAUGCUAUGCUAGGUAGCUAACUGCUGCUCACCAACAACGAGGCUCUUAAUGAUGGAGGGAGAGCAUACAGUGAGCUACAUAACGUAGCAUGUCGCUAACUGUAUGCACGCCAAUAACAAGAGGUAGCACAUAGCCAGGAUCAUGCUAUGCUAGGUAGCUAACUGCUGCUCACCAACAACGAGGCUCUUAAUGAUGGAGGGAGAGCAUACAGUGAGCUACGUAACGUAGCAUGUCGCUAACUGUAUGCACGCCAAUAACGAGAGGUAGCACAUAGCCAGGAUCAUGCUAUGCUAGGUAGCUAACUGCUGCUCACCAAAAAACGAGGCUCUUAAUGAUGGAGGGAGAGCAUACAGUGAGCUACAUAACGUAGCAUGUCGCUAACUGUAUGCACGCCAAUAACGAGAGGUAGCACAUAGCCAGGAUCAUGCUACGCUAGGUAGCUAACUGCUGCUCACCAAAAAACGAGGCUCUUGAUGAUGGAGGGAGAGCAUGCAGUUAGCAAGAUGCUAUGUUAUGUAGCUAACUGUAUGCUCCUCCAUGAUAUCAUACAUGAUGGAGGGAGAGCAUACAGUUAGCAGCCUGCUAUGUUAUGUCACUAACUGUACACUCCAUGAUAAAAUAUGAGCGCAUACGGUUAGCUCCAUGCUAUGCUAUUUAGGUCACCAUAUACACCUCCAUGAUGUUUUAUAUGAUAAGGGAGCGCAUACAGUUAGCAUCAUGCUGUUUCGUGUAGCUUAUAAAUUAUGAUAUAUGAUGGAGGGAGUGUACACAGUUAGCAUCAUGCUGUUAUGUAGCUUAUAAAUCAUGAUAUAUGAUAAGGGAGUGCAUACAGUUAGCAUCAUGCUAUGCUAUGUAGCUUAAUACAUAUGAUGGAGGGAGCACAUACAGUUAGCAUCAUGCUAUGUUAUGUAGCUUAUUAAUUAUGAUAUAUGAUGGAGGGAGUGCAUACACUGUUAGCAUCAUGCUAUGUUAAUAAUGUAGCUUAUUAAUUAUGGUAUAUGAUGGAGUGCAUACAGUUAGCAUCAUGCUAUGUUGAUAAUGUAGCUUAUUAACUAUGAUACAUGAUAAGGGAGUGCAUACAGUUAGCAUCAUGCUAUGUUAAUAAUGUAGCUUAUUAAUUAUGAUAUAUGAUGGAGGGAGUGCAUACAGUUAGCAUCAUGCUAUGUUAAUAAUGUAGCUUAUUAUGAUAUAUGAUAAGGGAGUGCAUACAGUUAGCAUCAUGCUAUGUAAUGUAGCUUAUAAAUAAUGAUAUAUGAUGGAGGGAGGGCAUACAGUUAGCAUCAUGCUAUGUUAUGUAGCUUAUAAAUAAUGAUAUAUGAUGGAGGGAGGGCAUACAGUUAGCAUCAUGCUAUGUAAUGUAGCUUAUAAAUAAUGAUAUAUGAUGGAGGGAGGGCAUACACGCACACUUAUUGUCAAUAGGAUUUGGAAAAAACCGCAUACAGUUGACCAAGUAGCCUAAGUUUGAGACCGGCCCUCAGUUUGAUUGACAGCUGUCACAACAAGUGAAGAGGGUGAUUGACUGUGGCCCUUGGGGUCCACGGUGUGUUUUUGUACCAGCGAUCAUUGUAAAUAUGAAACAUCAUGAAGAAUAUUAUCAUCACUCUUUCUGCUCAUUUGACUUUUGUUUCACCUCACGGACCAAACGUCACUUUCUUAUUUAUUCUUCUUUCUUUGUUAGGCCUUUUGUUGACACGUUAGACAUUCUAAUAUAUACAACAUUCCAAAGUAAAUAAUACCAACGUGAUGUUUCACCACACAUCCUCUUUCUUCUUUCUUCUACUUGCCUUUGGGAAGAUGUCUGCGACGUGGUCACGUGACCACGUUGGAAGUCACGUGACCACGUUGGAAGUCACGUGACCACGUUGGAAGUCACGUGACCACGUUGGAAGUCACGUGACCACGUUGGAAGUCACGUGACACAAUCAUCCCCGCUAUUACCGCAUCAGCAAAACAAAGCGCUGAUGUGCGACUAAUACCAUGAAUGUACAUUUCAAUCAUUAAAAGAUCCCAGGAGAAU